ACUCAAAAGAACAAGGUCACUGUAAGUGCAGGAGAGAGACCGAAAAGAAGAGAAGAGAAGCGAAGCGAGAGAGACGAAAAUGGCGAAGAAUUCAGGGGUUUUUAUACGGCAGUUGCUUGGCAAUUGCAACCACCCGAGUGCUGCAGGUCUUCUUCAUCAUCUUCACCGCAAACCCAUCCAAAACCUAACUUUAGUAUCAAAUACCGCCCCAUCUUCACCACAGACCAUCGAUAUCCGUUCCGCUUCCAAACCCUUGUCCUAUUAUUCCCUUCACACCCCAAACCUUCAAUUUCUGCAACAGCGACGAUGCCUCUCCUCACUCGUAGAUGCAGAUUCACAUACUUUACUUUCAGGCCCCUCCAACCUAUACGUCAUUGAGACCCUCGACAUGCAUUAUAGGCUACGUCAAAAAGUUGAAGAUGAACGUUUGUCUGUGGUUUUCUUCUACACUGCACCUGGGUGUCAGGCUACCCUUAAGUGGAUAACUCCAAUCUUUGAUGAGUUGUGUAAGCAAUUCCAACAUAUAACAAUGGCUAAGGUUUACAUGGACAAGAAUGGCCCUGGAUCCACAUUGGAUGUGUUUGGAGUUCAUCGCAAUAUGAAUGGCACUAGAUUCCCAAUGGACAUAUUUGAAGAUAAUCACGAGACGAGUGGCACUAGAUUCCCAUUGGAUAUUCCUGAGACGAAUGAUGCUGGAUCCACAUUGGACAAGUUGGGAAUUCACGAGACGCCAACGUUCCAUUGCUAUCUAAAAGGGAAAAGGGUAGUUGAGCUUGUUGGUGAUUCCGCCAGACACUUGAAAAAGAGACUUGAAAAUGUCUACAAUCCAUCUAGGAUGAAGGAAAGGAGAAGACGAGAUGGUUCGAAGGUUCGGGCUUUUGCAAAAGGGAUGUUUUUAUGUCAAGAGCAGAGAGAGAGGCUUUGUAAAUUGGAAGAUCCUAAAGCCAGGCUCGAAUGGUUUAAGAGUGAAAUGGGUGGGAAAUGAAUUAGAAGCAAUUGUUUUAUGCUUCAUGUUAUGUUGUUUGACAUUAUAUAUGGUUUAGACUUAUGUGGUGCUGGAUUUGGAAUUUGGAUCA